AGCGGAUCUUCAAGUUCUCUCAUUCUCCUGUGCCGACCUGUGAUUGGCUGCCUGCAAUCACUGCACCGCGCGCACAUCAAAAGGUGAGGGCACAUGGAUCGAUGGAUGUGGGGUCGAUGGAGAGUGUGCUUGCAUAGCUGACUGCCAUUGUCUGGCUCGGAGUCAACGACGUUGCUGCUUGACUCAGGGCGCGCAACAGGUUUCGGGGCCAACCAGAACAGUUUGUCCCGAUCUUGGAUUUCGCAGAGACUGGACGGUACGCAAGGCAAAGUCAGUUGGAAAGCGAGGCAGAUGGAAGUCUGUUUGUUUGUUUUGCGGGUGCCGAUGAAAGGCGAAAGCAGCGAGUGGCUCUCCUGAAGACCCUUCUCCAUGGCGGCCAGGGCGGCGACAGGCAGUGAGUCAAUCGGCAGUCUGCGGGCCAUCCGAGUCUGGAACGAGGGCACCGAUGACAAGCCGCCUGCCCGCUGCCACGAGCGAUGGGUGGCCAAGCUGGAUGGACUCAAGGGCCACGAGAAAGCCGCCAUCAUCGGCACUCGAGGGGCCACCAUCAAGCGGCUGCAGGAUGAGUCCAAGGCAAAGAUCUAUGUGGCACCGCACCACCAACAGCAACAGCAGCAGCAGAGAUACGACGCCGGUCAGCGCGGCAGGGGCCGGGGAGGAGGGCGGGGGGGCCGCAGCCACCAAACACACCGCGACCAGACGGACGGCUCCGAUGUGCUGGUGAGCAUACCGACACGAGCGGCGAGAUGCAUGCUUACUCUGUGCGGUUUUCCUUCCCCUCUUCGUCUGUCUGUCUAUCUACAGGUGCGAGGUCAUCUUGCGUGUGUCCUGAGCGGAUGCCGUCUUGUCAUCGCCUUGCUGCGGCAGGUCAGCGGCGGCUCGGGUCGUGAGGGCAACUGGACCACGGACACCUACCGGUGUGAGCUCAUCGACGAGAGUGCCGGCCAGCAGUUUCCCGGAUGGCUGCAGCAGGGGAGAGACCGAGAGGACAGCGGGGUGCCGUCACUGCUCUUCAAGUCGAGUCGGUCGCGCACACAGGAGGGCGUGGAUCGGCCGCUCAACGAGUUCGGUCUGCUCGUGGCUGCUGUGAAGCGACCACCCAGCUGGGAUGAGGACGAGGGCUCCUAUGCCCGAGCGGAGGCGGCGCUGGGCGACCUGUCCGGCUCACCCUCCUUCUUGUCGUCUUUCGAGCGGCUGGUGGACAGCACCCACCUAUACAUCAUGCACACGAGCGUUGAGCGCAUCGGCAGACUGUUCGACCUCCUCCACGAGAGCAGCUUCAUCCCUCUGCCCACGCAGCCCCUGGCCACCUUCUCCUUCCCACCCAUCCCGGCAUCUCGCAGCCCGUCGCCCGCUGCCCUCCCCACAGCGGAGCUCGUCUCGUCCUACUCAUGGGUCACUGGCUCCUGCAUGAGGUCGCCUGCCUUCGUCCGGGAGUACCUGAGCGACGCUGGCGCCUACCCGAUGGAACUGGACGGCAUCACGUGGCUUGGGCAACAGCAGUGUCCCGACGGCUCGUUUCGCUUGACGCAUCAGCUUCUGGACAUCCUUGGUGUCAAAUCGGUGUCGUUGGCUUGUGCGCUCGAGAGGGGCAGGAGGGAGGGCGGCCUCGCACUGGGCGAUGGCGACCUGCCGAGCAAGGUGGCAACCCUCACCGUCGUUGCUGGCGUGCGGUUCUGGUGAGCAAAACGAAUAUGUAUCAACAUGGGCGGGAAAAGGCCGGCAAGCAGGGAACACACACUCGUCUGUGUGUGCGUACGCCUGUCUGUUAAUGCAGGCGCCACGCAGCGCGGCGGUCCAGCCGGGUCAACGCGAGUGCUCUUGGUGCCGAGGCGCUGAGGACGAUUGUCACACGGGCGACCACCUGGCUGGAGCAGCACUGUGAGGGCGCGAGUGAUGCUGUCCAUUCCCUGGCGGAGAGUGAGGCGUUUUCCAUCUACCGUACGGACAAGACCGUCUUGUUUGAGCCAUUUCUAUUCGCUUAUACGAUGGCCCCAUCAGACAAGAGAGCGCCGCAGCUGCAGCCACAGCACUGGGAGAUCUUCAUCCCGCGCAACACGCUCACCGACCUGAUGCAGCUGCCCUAUGAUCGCACCAAGGGCAUUGCCUUCACCAUCGUCAAGACGGAAAGCGGGCGGCUGUUCGUCACGGCCAGGGUGUCGCCAGACAACGACAAAACGCUGCCUUUGACCGACCGGGCCAUGCUGUAUGAAAGCAUGGCCACGGGGUGGCGGGACAGCCCGGCGUGUGAGGGGCGGCUGGUGGUCAAGCUGACGACAUGGCCACAAGGGCCUUCAUCUUCUGCUUUGCCAAUGGCGGUGUGGACUCUCACCGACAUCGACUGUGUGGUGCCCUCGUCAGGGGAAUCUGAGCUGCAGCGGGAGGCAGGGUGGUGCCCCGACCCUGAGAGCAGCUUGGAUGGGACCAUUAUGUGGCUGACGGGCCACGACGGCAUCCCACAGCCGGCCGCAUGCCAGCAGCCCAACGGGUCGGCACUCUUCUGGUCGGCGCCACUGUCAGACCACACGAGUGGUGGUGGUGGUGACGGCCGUCGAGAGCUGUGCCUUGAGGACACAGUUGAGCUCAAGACGACCUUCGACUUGCCUGGCAGCGAGGGGUUUGAGAAUGAGAUGCUCAUGAGGACGUGGGUGCAGUGUGUUGCCGGCGGCACCGCACAUAUCAAGGUGACGCACAAACCAAUGCACCGGAAGACAGACAGGUGUGCAUGUCUUUUUGACGCUGUGUGUGACGGUCAUUCAUUUGUUCAGGUUGCUUUCAAGUCCCGUCCCGACCCUUCGAAGCCGUGGCGCGUGACGGUCGACUCUCCGCCCACAUCCCUCACCCCGGCGACCAUCGCCCACCCGAGCAGCACAGUGGGCAGAUGGGACGGGGGGUACAUCACGUCCACCGUCGGCAACAUCCUGUCCUUCAUCUGCCAACACGUCACUGAAGCUGGGUGCGUGUAUGAGCUUUGCUUCGACCCGCCGUCCACACAGCUGCGGCUCAUCAAGAGGGAGGAUGUGGGCGCUGAUGGCGAUAGGGCCGAGGGGGGGAUGGACACGACGAUAGAGAAGAUGCUGCCGGCGUGGCUCGGGCGGUGGGAGAGAGAGGAGGCCAAUGGUGGUGGUGGGGAUGGGGAGGGGGGAAGAAAGGCAGACGAGUGA